AUGGAGUACGACACCACCACACCGACAUAUCACACAUCGGAUCCCAAGUCAUUUGCGCACACUUCAGCCAGGGAAAGGUGGCCGGCUAUCAUCACGGGCGCCAUUGACGAUGUGCACCGGACGGUAUCUUCGAUCUCGGACGCGGCAGAAGACAAGGACAGACUGAAGGAAGGGAAAGCGAUCGUCGCGGCACUCUCAUCGUUGAAGUACGAACUUCAGCACAAUCGGGCCUUGACUCCAAUCCCGGACGAUGGCUUUGCGGACGUCGAGGGCUACAAUGGAGAACUACAGGCACGAGGCACACCCAAGUGGCAUGAUGUCGAGUGGCUGUACUCGGAAUGCUACCUAUACCGACGAAUUGCCACGUUGUUCAGCCUUGCUCAAGAUCCGUUCUGGAAGACGUACGACAUUUUCCAACGGCAGAAGAUGAGCACGUUUAAAUCCUCGAGGCCUGCUGUUCUAGAGCUUGCAAACCGGUACAAGGACAUCAUCACGCAGAUCCGGACGUCCAAGAGUCAUGCGGUCGUAGACACCAGUGACCCCAAAGAGGUUGAAGAAGCGGAAAAGGUGCUUUUUAUCGAGAUGGCGGAAAUCUGUCUGUGGGGAAACGCAACCGACCUAAGUCUACUCACAAGUCUCACGUACGAGGAUAUUCAGAAGCUACAAGGCAGCAACGCACGCAAGGAAUCCGAGAAGAACGUAUUGGUCAAUGAUUUGGGCAAGGCCUUUGACGUAUUAAAUCGGGCUCACAAGGAGGGAAAGGCAAGUAGGAGGGUCGACAUCGUGCUGGACAAUGCCGGCUUCGAGCUGUUCGUGGACUUGGUACUUGCCGGAUACUUGCUCGCUACCGGGCUCGCGACAGAGGUGGUCCUGCACCCCAAGAGCAUUCCUUGGUUCGUGAGUGAUGUCGUACCGAAGGAUCUGCAGGCGCUGUUGGAGGCGAUGCAGGAUCCCAAGUCAUUCUACGAGAACUCUUCAGGGGACCACGACGUCAAAUCUAAUGGGCAGGCGCCGGUGCCGCUGUCAGAUGAAGAAGCUUCGAAUGUGAAGUUCCUGUUCGAGGACUGGAGCAAUCUGCACGGUGAGGGCCAGUUGAUCCUGCGACCGAAUCGCUUCUGGACUCACGCCGGAAGCUUUUGGAGGCUGCCCAAGGUUGCGCCUGAGCUACUGGAGGACUUAAAAGAGAGUGAAUUGGUGAUCUUCAAGGGUGAUCUGAACUAUAGGAAGCUGACUGGUGAUGCUGCGUGGCCAGCGUCGACACCAUUUGUUCAAGCGAUAGGUCCUCUAGGUCCAUCAUCCGGUAUUCGGGUGCUUGCACUACGGACGUGCAAGGCUGACGUCGUGGUUGGACUGCCCGAAGGCAAAGACGAAGAGAUUCGCGCAACUCCAGACGGUGGUGGUGAUUCCGGGGCUAGAAAGUGGGCGUGGAGUGGUAAAUGGGCUGUGGUCCAGUUCUCUGAUGGCAAGGCAUGA